AUGGAUAUCGGGUGGCGCGAAGAUCCCGGCUUGGAGUUCGUAAAAGACCGAAUUUUCAAGCACCUGAAAGCUCAUAACGAUACGGCAUUGCGCUUUAUCGAGGCUCCGUCUUUUGUCGGAAGCCCAGAAAUCCGCGGCACGAUGAAUAUUCUUUGGAGUUGCGUUAUCACUCUGAUCGCUUGCCUAUACACAGCGCUUCAUCUUAACGUCCCAGGCGAUACAAAGGCUCUUCCAAUGCUCCGGGAAAAGUUCAAAUGGGUAGUCAUCGGGCUCGUGGCUCCUGAAAUCGUGCUUUAUCUUGCUUCGUCACAGUUUCUUGAAGCCAGGCGACUUUCUAAAGAGCUGACGCUUUUAUGGCGGCAGCAACACCAGCCUGAAAAUCACAGCACUUUAUUGUGCGAUUCGGAAGAACAAAAUGGUAUCAAGGUUCCGUGUUUUGAUAUAAGAUAUGGCUUUUUCGUCAUGAUGGGUGGUCUCGAGGUCGACGUCAGUAAAUUUGAGCACUUCACAGGACAUUGGGCAGCUCGAGGAACAUUGCAGUCUGGCACAUUACGGCUAUCAGUCAACGGUGUUCUACAACUUGCAAGAAUGGGCCAUUUCCUUCCCAUUGAACGAUCCAAGAUCAACGACAAGAGCAAAGCAGAUACUUUGCAAAAGGUUCUUGUCAUGACGCAGGUCCUUUGGAUGGCAACUCAGUGUAUUUUUCGUCUGGGAUAUGGGCUUCCUCUCUCGCUUUUAGAGAUACACACAAUGGUACACGUUAUAUGUGCGGUUGUAAUGUUUAUGUUCUGGAUCAAGAAGCCAAAAGACUUGUUGGACCCAGAUUCUGUCGACACGACCAAAUUUGAGGACAUUGUUGCCCUCAUGGUUCAAGAACAAUUCCACUGGAAUAAGAGCGAUGAGUUUAUUUUAUAUGCCAAACCAUUAGCCGAUGAACACAAUGAUAGCCAAAGCCAAGCUGCGCUGGUCUGGGUGCACUCUACCGAUACGUCUCGACGCAAGUAUUUUCAAGAUGAUCAAGGUUUAGCUCAACAAAUCAAUUUGAUUGAAGAUGACGGAAAUCGUAUCAUGUUAAAAACUGGCGAGGUUCUCCCAUCAGGUCUUGGGGUCGUUGCCAGAUCUUCUAGUUGGAAAACGGAGACUAUUCAGCGAAAGGUUCUGCCUUCGUGGUACAAUGAACAUGCAUACGAUGAUCCCUGGGACAUCCCGGACAGUAUUUGGGUUACCGAGUGGGUUGAGGCUGAGCCAGUUCCUCCGACCGUGGAUCUCUAUGCCGAGGAUAUUCAACGAUGGAACCAUGUUAUACGAGCAAUCGAGAACCUUGACGGUCAAAUUCAGGAGCCACAACCGUUCCGUGACAGUCAUCAAAGAGCUCGAUAUCGGGAUCAAAACUUUCACAACGCUUUUUUACGAUCUGCCGGAAAUCUUCAGUACUCAGAAGAAAGCCGGGUUGACCCGGAUCAGAUUCUUAGCUUCAUUAUCGAUAACCCCAUCCUGCUAGUCCUCCUCCUCGUUCUCCCGGGUCUAUACGGCGGCAUUCAUCUUGGAACGGCACAAAUACCAUUUCCCACUGACAUCGAGAAGCUUCUUUGGAAAAUUGCAUCUAUUGAUAUCAUCGUCUCGAUGCCAAUAUUCCUGAUAAUCUCUGUCCUUGGCCUUGGCUUUUCCCAACGGUAUCUCAAGUAUGAGUCUAUUGCACAUGACUCGUGGGCAACUUUAUACAAAUUUCCGGCACAUCUGAUUUUUCUUGGAUAUAGUCUCUCUAGAACGUUUCUCGUUAUCGAAUCAUUCAUUAGUCUGAGAGCGCUUCCGAUAGGGGCUUACUGGACACCUUCGUGGUUGCAGAUGAUACCACAUGUUUGAGGACAAUACCUGCAUUCCUAGGAUAGCGACCUAGUGUUUGGGAUAUAGCCUAUAAAGCUCUCCGUAUACCUGUUGGUUUCUGCUACUUCCCAAUAACAUGCACCAGUUAAUACGUA